AUGGCUCGGCGACUUGCCUAUUAUGCCGGCGCUUCAGCAGCGGCGGCAGCAGCUUGCCUGCUAAAAGCAGCACAUCAGCGGCCCAAUUUUUACAGCGCAACAGUCUAUCUCUCACAAUCAAAUGCAUGCAUGCUCAUCCUGACAAAUCUCCUCCUCGUCACCGCUUGUUGGGCACUCUACGGGCUGCAGCGACUUCUUUACGGACCUCUACGACCCAUCGAGAUUGAGCAACUCAGUGAAAAAGCAUGGUAUGCGGUACUGGACACUUUGCUCGCAAUGCCGAGCUUCCGAGAGGAUGUCGGUGGGUGGCUCCUCACGAUGUUCGUGCUCCUUCUGGCCGGGAAAGUUUGGGGUUGGAUCGCGGAAGGUCGUGUGGAUAUUCUGGAACAACAACCCCCCGCAGAUCCACGAUGGUUUCAUGCUCGGCUGGCGACAAGCUUACUGGUCAGCGUUGGGUUCGAUCUGGCAAUGUUCAGGUAUUGCUGUAAGACAGUGAUACACGACCCGAGACCGGGAAUGAUGGUCAUCUUCACAUUCGAGUUUGCGAUUUUGAGCAUCUUCUCGCUGUUCACGCUUUGCCGCUAUCUACUCAGCGUGGCCGAGUCGCAAAUUCAGCAACAGCAGACUGUGGUGGCAAUCGAGGCAAGGAAACAGGAGAUUCGCGAAGAAAGAGCAGCUGCGAGGCAAGCGGAGGCGGCGGAGGGUGAAAGCAAUGCCACUCCGGCUGCUGGAGAAGACGAGGAACCCAUCGAGGUGGAUGAGAAUGAAGUUGAUGUGCCCGGCUGGGAGGAGAAGCGCAGAUAUCUCUUCGCGUUGGAGGUCAUCACAGACUUUGUCAAGCUGCUCAUCUACCUGUUCUUCUUCGUCGUCAGCGUCACUUUCAAUGGCUUACCUAUGCACAUCAUGCGCGAUGUCUACAUGACAUUCACGGCUUUCAGCAAGCGCGUUGCCGAUUAUGUCGCAUACCGCCGCGCGACAUCGCACAUGAACACACGCUAUCCCGAUGCUACCUCGCAGGAGAUUCAGGGUGACGUCUGCAUCAUUUGUCGCGAAACAAUGCUUGCUUGGGAGCAGCCCGCAGCACCUGGCGCUGAUCAACACGCUCUUGGAAACGCUGCUGCCGCACCACCUCGGCGCCGAGAUGAAGGUCUGCGUGCUAAGAAACUGCCAUGUGGACAUAUCUUACACUUGCGCUGCCUGAAAGCAUGGUUGGAGCGCCAGCAAGUCUGCCCAACAUGUCGCAGACCCGUCGUAUCUACCGAAGCUUCUUCGGCAAACGGUGGGGCAGCACGGCCUGGAGCUGGCGCGAACGAUGCCGGAGCAGCAAAUCAAGGGCAACAAGGACAGCCAGCUGCAAAUCAGCAACCGGGACGCGAUGCGCCGGCUCGACGAGCUCAGGGUGGUGUCGCACGUAUGUUCAAUCUCGGCCCUUUGAGGAUAGGAUUUCUCAACGGGCCACAGGAGCAAGUCCAGAACUUGAUGAACCAGUUGCAAAAUCCCGCCGGUCGUCCUGCUGCACCUGCCGCAGCACCACCUCACGAUCUCAGGCAGGCCGAAGCGGUCGCAGCUCUUGGUGCAGCAGCAGCACCACCUCCGCCACAUCUGCCACAACAACAGCCUCCAUCCCGAGCCGAACAGUUCAAUUCUGUCGAACAAUUUAUCAUGCAAGAGGCGCAGAACAUCCGACUCGAACAGUUACAGCUUUCGCGGAUUGCAGCACUGUACGAUGAACUUGCGCAAUUGCGUGAUCAACACGACGAGUCGAACGGUGGCGGGCCCAGAGUUCCAACCAUUCCUGCCUCGGGUAAUGCGAUCCCUAGAUCUACGUUACCCACUCCAUCGCUUGUAGCUGGCUCAGGCGGUGCCAAUCAGACGAUGAGCAACGGACAUGAAGGACUGCCAGCGGGACUGGUGCUGCCUGAAGGCUGGACGUUGACACCAUUG